AUGGCUCGUGGAAAACAAAAAGCAAUUGGUAGGCGGUCCAAAUCUUCUUCUAAUCCGUCAAUUGAAGACCAACAACCGUUAGAAGGAGUUGAAACUGAAAUUGACAAAGAAGUUCAAUCAAGUGAAGAAGAAACCCUGGAAAUGAGGAUUAGAAGGAACCAAAAGGGUAAAAUGAAACACCGGGAAGAUCAACCUGAAAUGGAAGAACAACACCAACCAGAGAAGCAAUAUGUUACACCUCGUGUGGUUGGGUUUCACAUUCCUGAUGAUGAUGAUGUAAUAGAUCCAAGAGAUGAUGGUUUACCACACGGUCUUCCAGCCGACGGAGGCAAGGUGUUGAUUGGUUACAGAGAGUCUUGGGCUAAGAGGAUAUAUGAGACUCCUGACCAUUUUCGUGCGGUCAGAGUUUUGAGACAUCAAAGAGCUGCACAUUGGGAUUUAUUUAAAGAGGUUCCUGAGGUGAUUACAAUAGUGCAAGCCUCUGGUUUAUGGCAUGUCAUUAAAUAUGGUCAUCAGGAAUGUGAUAGAGUGACAGCCUCCGCCUUUGCCGAGAGAUUUGCUCCUGAGACUUACACAUUUCAUCUCCCCUUUGGCGAGAUGACAAUCAGUCCUGACGACGCGACUAAGAUUACGGGCCUUAGUGUCACCGGCGAAAGCGUGGAUGCAGCGUUUUAUAAUAUGAGUUGGGCUGAGUUGUAUAAGUUGGCGAAGGAAACUCUAGGUUGA